AUGCCUACCUCAGCAAUCGCUGUCCAACACAAUGGCGCUCCCUUGCAGCGCGAGGUGUCUCGCAGCUUGUCCUUCUCUACCUCUCCCCAUGACACAUUCCACAUGCGCAGGAUGUCUACCAACGCUGAAGGAACCUCGCCACACCUGCGUCGGCCGACGGCCCAGGGCGCUCUGAAGCAGUUGAAGCCUUUCCGAGAACAAGACAUCAAGAUCCUCCUACUGGAGAAUGUAAACCAGACCGGCAAGGACAUCCUGACUGGCCAAGGCUACCAGGUCGAGUCCCUGAAGUCCUCCCUACCCGAGGACCAGUUGAUUGAGAAGAUCAAAGACGUCCACGUCCUCGGCAUCCGCUCGAAAACCAAGCUGACAUCACGGGUCCUCGCAGCAGCAAAGAACCUGAUAGUCGUCGGCUGCUUCUGCAUCGGCACGAACCAAGUCGACCUAAAAUACGCAGCGCAGCAUGGAAUCUGCGUCUUCAACUCACCGUUCUCGAACUCCCGCUCCGUCGCUGAACUAGUCAUCUGCGAGAUCAUCUCACUGGCACGGCAGGUGACGGACCGCAGCAACGAGAUGCACCAGGGGACCUGGAACAAAGUGUCGGCCAAGUGCUGGGAAAUCCGGGGCAAGACACUGGGAAUCAUCGGGUACGGGCACAUCGGGUCGCAGCUGUCGGUGCUGGCCGAGUCGAUGGGCAUGGACGUUAUCUACUACGACGUCGUCAACCUGAUGGCCAUGGGCACCGCGCGCCAGGUCCCGACCCUGGCCCACCUGCUCGAGCGCGCCGAUUUCGUCACCUGCCACGUCCCCGAGCUUCCGGAGACCAUGAACAUGAUCGGCGCUCGCGAGCUCGACACCAUGAAGAACGGCUCCUACCUGAUCAACGCCAGCCGCGGCUCCGUCGUCGAUAUCCCCGCGCUAAUCCACGCGUCCCGUACGGGCAAAAUCGCCGGCGCCGCGCUGGACGUCUACCCGUCCGAACCCGCCGGCAACGGCGACUACUUCACGAACGACCUGGGCCCGUGGGUGGAGGACCUGCGCUCGCUGAAGAACCUGAUCCUGACACCGCACAUCGGCGGCUCGACGGAGGAAGCCCAGUCCGCGAUCGGUAUCGAGGUCGCCGAGGCACUCGUGCGCUAUGUGAACGAGGGCGUCACCACGGGUGCCGUCAACAUGCCCGAAGUCGCCCUGCGCAGUCUCACCAUGGACGAGCCCAACCACGCCCGUGUGGUUUUCAUCCACAACAACGUGCCUGGUGUGCUUCGCCGCGUCAAUGAGAUCUUAGGGGACCACAACGUCGACAAGCAGAUGACGGAUUCCAGGGGCGAUGUUGCCUAUCUCAUGGCGGAUAUCAGCAGUGUCAAGGAGGAUGAGAUCGCGGAGCUGUAUCGUGAGCUUGAGAAUCUGAAGGAUAAGAUCCAAACUAGGAUUCUCUAUUAA